CGAUCGGAUGCUGGACUACAAUGUUCCUGGAGGAAAGCUGAACCGAGGUCUGUCCGUCAUUGAUAGCUACAAGCUGCUAAAAGAAGGAAAGGAACUAACUGAGGAUGAGGUGUUUCUUGCUAGUGCUCUAGGGUGGUGUAUUGAAUGGCUGCAGGCAUACUUUCUUGUCCUCGAUGACAUUAUGGAUAAUUCCCACAUUCGGCGUGGUCAACUUUGUUGGUUCAGAGUGCCAAAGGUUGGUAUGAUUGCUGCAAAUGACAGUGUCCUACUCCGUAAUCACAUCCCUAGAAUUCUUAAGAAACACUUCAGAGAAAAGGCUUACUAUGUAGAUCUUCUGGAUUUGUUCAAUGAGGUGGAGUUCCAAACUGCUUCAGGGCAGAUGAUAGAUUUGAUUACUACCCUUGAAGGAGAAAAGGAUCUAUCUAAAUACUCCUUGUCACUCCACCGGCGAAUUGUUCAGUACAAGACUGCGUAUUAUUCUUUCUACCUUCCUGUUGCAUGUGCAUUGCUUAUGGCUGGUGAGAAUUUGGACAACCAUAUAGAUGUAAAGAACAUUCUGAUUGACAUGGGAAUAUACUUUCAAGUUCAGGAUGACUAUUUGGAUUCUUUUGGUGAACCAGAAAAGGUUGGAAAGAUAGGAACUGAUAUUGAAGAUUUUAAAUGUUCUUGGUUGGUCGUAAAGGCACUAGAAAGAUGCAGUGAAGAACAGAAGAAGAUUUUAUUUGCGCACUAUGGAAAGGCAGAUGCUGCUGAUGUUGCAAAAGUCAAAGCUCUAUACCACGAACUUGAUCUCCAGGGCGUGUUUGCGGAAUAUGAAAGCAAAAGCUAUGAGAAGUUGACAAGCUGUAUUGAAGCUCAUCCCAGCAAAGCUGUGCAGUCAGUGCUGAAGUCAUUUUUGGGGAAGAUAUACAAGAGGCAGAAGUAGAAAGGAUAUUCCCAAAGAAUAAAAGCAAAAGAGACUUGGCAUUUGGUAUCUAAUUGUUGAACAGGGGAAACAAACACUACUUGUUCUUGUUGAUUUUUAGGAUCAGCUUCCACAUUAUUAUUAUUAUUAUUUUUUGGUGUAUUCUUGUUGUUUUGGCUUUGACAUCCUUGGCAAAGGGAUGAACGGUAUUCAGAUGUAGAACACAGACGAUGUGAGGCAGCAUUUAUUGAGGCAACAAUGAACGAACCUUAAAGUUAUUCA